CUUCUACAAACUUCACCAACGAGGAUUGAAGAGUGUCAGUGAGUGAGUAGCUAGCAAUUAAAAAUGUUGCUAAGGAACAAAAGAUUAGGUUUGUUGUUAUUGCUAUGUGUUCAUGCCUUUGUUGCCAAUGUGGUUGCAAGGGAUGUAGUAACUGUGAAAAAUGAUGAAGAAAAGAAUGUAGGGUUUGGGAAGGGAGGUGGGUUCGGUGGUGGAAUUGGUGGAGGAGCAGGAGGAGGGGGAGGGUUCGGAGGUGGAUUUGGUGGAGGAGGAGGAGCCGGUGGAGGGUUUGGAGGUGGAGGAGGGUUUGGCGGAGGAGGAGGAGCAGGUGGAGGAGGUGGUGCUGGAGGAGGGUUUGGUGGUGGAGCUGGGGGUGGACAUGGGAUUGGAGGUGGAGCUGGUGGAGGGUUUGGUAAAGGAGGCGGGAUAGGUAAAGGUGGAGGACUUGGUGGUGGUGCUGGUGGAGGGUUUGGAAAGGGUGGUGGCAUUGGAGGAGGUGCUGGUGGUGGUUUUGGAAAAGGUGGUGGUGUUGGAGGUGGAAUUGGCAAAGGUGGAGGAUUAGGCGGCGGUGGUGGUUUUGGAAAAGGUGGUGGUGUUGGAGGAGGAAUUGGCAAAGGUGGAGGUUUAGGUGGUGGUGGUGGCUUUGGAAAAGGUGGCGGUGUUGGAGGUGGAAUUGGUAAAGGUGGAGGUUUGGGUGGUGGUGGUGGUUUUGGAAAAGGUGGUGGUGUUGGAGGAGGAAUUGGAAAAGGUGGAGGUUUAGGCGGCGGUGGUGGCUUUGGAAAAGGUGGUGGCGUAGGAGGUGGAAUUGGCAAAGGUGGUGGUGGUGGUUUUGGAAAAGGUGGUGGUGUUGGAGGAGGAAUUGGCAAAGGUGGAGGUCUAGGAGGCGGUGGUGGCUUUGGAAAAGGUGGUGGUGUUGGAGGAGGAAUUGGCAAAGGCGGAGGUUUAGGUGGUGGUGGUGGCUUUGGAAAAGGGGGCGGUGUUGGAGGAGGAAUUGGCAAAGGUGGAGGUUUAGGUGGUGGCGGAGGCUUUGGAAAAGGUGGUGGUAUAGGGGGUGGAAUUGGCAAAGGCGGAGGUUUUGGUGGGGGAAUUGGAAAAGGUGGUGGCAUUGGAGGAGGAAUAGGCAAAGGUGGAGGCUUUGGCGGUGGUGGUGGAUUCGGUGGCGGUGGUGGUGCUGGUGGUGGAUUUGGCGGAGGGUCUGGAGGUGGAUUUGGCGGAGGAUCUGGAGGUGGAUUUGGCGGCGGCGGUGGAGCAGGUGGCGGUGGUGGAAUUGGACACCCCUGAGCAUUGUAGACGUUGCAUGCAUGACAAACUUAUAUUUCAACGUCCUCUUUGCAUUAGCCAUGAUGAUUGGUAUAGAAAAUAUUGUCCGAGUGAAAGAGAAUUAUUUGCUCUUUUGGUUAUUAUAAUAUUUAUGUACUACUCCUCGUUUUCUUUUAUACUUAAUGUUAAAUGAAAGCAUGAGAAUGAUCUUUA